ACUCCCAGUAAUCUUCCUCUAUAACAAAUACGAGAGAGAACCUCAAGACUCCCAUUAAUCUCCCUCUAUAAAAAAACAAAUACGAGAGAGAGAGAGAGAGAGAGAUUGGAACCAUGUCAGCAGGACGCGGAAUAUGCUGGGUUGCAAUUGGUACUCAACUGCAGAGCAAGUCACUCAAGGGCUCGAUGGCUCUGGCCUCACUGCCAUUGUUACAGGAGCAUCAAGUGGCAUUGGCACUGAAACUGCUCGUGUUCUUGCUAUGAGAGGUGUUCACAUAAUCAUGGCUGUUAGGAAUCUGACUGCUGGUUACUCUGUUAGCGACUCAAUUGUGAAGGAAAUUCCCACUGCUAAAAUUGAUGUCAUGGAGUUGGACCUCACCUCGAUGGCAUCAGUAAGAAAGUUUGCAUCGGAGUUCACUGCUCAGAAUCAUCCACUGAAUAUCCUUAUUAACAAUGCGGGAGUUAUGGCUUGCCCCUUUGCCCUUUCCAAAGACGGUAUAGAGCUGCAAUUUGCAACAAACCAUGUCGGUCAUUUCCUCCUAACACACCUUUUGCUAGAGAACAUGAAGGAUACUGCCCGUAAGAGUAAAAUAGAAGGAAGAAUUGUUAAUGUUUCCUCGGAGGGACAUAGGUUUGCGUACAGUGAAGGAGUUCGGUUUGAUAAGAUAAACGAUCAAUCACAGUAUAACAGCCUCUAUGCAUAUGGGCAAUCAAAGCUCGCGAAUAUAUUGCAUGCUAACGAACUUUGUAGACGUUUUAAGGAAGAGGAAGUAGAUGUUACUGCUAAUUCUCUUCAUCCUGGAUCAAUUAUCACGAACCUUCUGCGCUACCACAGCAUUAUUGACGUCCUUUCUCGUACUGUUGGGAGACUAGUCCUGAAAAACACUCAGCAGGGAGCAGCAACAACUUGCUAUAUAGCAUUGCAUCCUCAAGUGAAAGGGGUGAGUGGAAAAUAUUUCAGUGACAGCAACAUAGCUGAGCCAAGCGCCAAAGCGAAAGAUACCGAAUUGGCAAAGAAACUGUGGGACUUCAGCCUGGAAUUGAUCAGCUAGUGUGCUGAAGACUUGUCUCAGUAUAUUAAACCAUGUUUGAAUUGAAAUUACUGUAUUAUGAAAAUGUUUGUAACGAUUAUGUUUUGUUUUGAAUGAUACUGUUUGCGAUUUCUAGCAGAAUUAUACUAGCAGUUGUGAUAUCUCAAUUUUGGUCCUGAAAACA